AUGUGGGCACAGGUACUGGAUCAAGUCGGAAAGUUUCCAAGCUCGGUCAGACUAGAUGGAUUGGAUAUCUCCCUUGAUGCUACACCGCUGCCGGAAUUGCUCCCGGACAAUGUCAAGUUUAAUUUAUGGGAUAUUAAAGAAGACGUGCCAGAGCACUUAAUUGGCGUCUACGAUGUGGUUCAUGUCCGAUUCUUCGCCUUUGUUCUUCAAGAGCCAGAUCUAGAACAUGUCCUUGACAAUCUGGCUAAGCUUCUCAAACCGGGCGGAUACCUGCAAUGGACAGACAUGGACGUAAAUUCAUGUCGAUUGGAGAAAAUCAGGCCAGAGAUUGAGGCCGAUGCACAGCUCAAGUUGCUGAAAAUGUUUCAGGGUAAUGAUGACAGACUUCGUCCGGCUUGGGUACCUAAACUCCCCGGCUUGUUCGCCAAGAAGCAGUUUGAAGCAGUUGAAUGCGAUGCUAAAGAGUGCCCACCACACCUAGCGUUAUCCUGGCAUGAAUGCGGACUGCUGGCUACGGAAGUCCUUGCAAGAAGUAAGGAAGGCGACAAAGAUGUAGCUGCAAUGUUCAAGCAAAUGCUGAACCAGGCUGCCAAGGAGACACGAGAUGGAUCAUACUUGGCCUUUACCAGAUACACUGUUAUCGGUCGGAAACAGUAA